UGAUAAUUAAUCAUCUCUGUGUUUACUAGCCCCUAGAUUAUGAAGCCAUGAAGAAUUUACAGCUUAGUAUUGGUGUUCGAAAUGUAGCUGAGUUCCACCAGUCAAUUCUUUCUCAAUAUAAACUCACAGCAACUAUGAUCACUGUGACUGUGUUAAAUGUGGUAGAGGGCUCCGUGUUCCGACCAGGUUCAAAGACGUUUGAAAUAACCGGUAAUAUGGAAGCAAAUUACAACGUGGGAAAGUUUGCAGCUACAGACCUGGACACGGGUCGAGAUUCCACAAAUGUUAGAUAUGUGAUGGGAAAUAACCCAGAGAACCUUCUGGCUGUUGACUCAAGAACAGGCAUACUAACUUUAAGAAACAGAGUUACUUUGGAACAAUACAAAAGGCUUAAAGGGACAUAUGAAGGAACAGUGCUAUCAAUAGAUGAUUCCCUUCAGAGGACCUGCACUGGGACAGUCAUCGUUAAACUUACUGGCAGCGUCUGGGAACAGGGUUCAGAAGGUGAUGGCGGUGGCACUGGCAGUGGCACUAGCGGUGACCGUGACCAAGUGACUACUGGAUAUUCAAGCACUUCUGAGGGCCCGCAACGAGUCACAGGAUCUUGGGGAAACAUCGAUGGCACCGGCUCUAACACUGACACUUUCCAAGGGGAUCUGGAUGACAACCUUGACACCCCACUCUAUGGAGACAAUGUUCACUUCGGUCCUGCAGGCAUCGGGUUGCUCAUCAUGGGGUUCCUGGUGUUAGGAUGUAAGCAUUUCAAUCCUUCUUUUGACACAUGUGUCUCAAAAAAUAUGGCAAAGGAAAUCAAAGGUCUAGGUGUUCAACUUGAUAGUGUAUAUCUUGCAAUGAUUACCUAAGUGGUUGUUCUGGGC